CAUAGAACCACUUCCUCCAUUUUGUAUUUUUCUGGCUUUCAGAUUUUGCCACCUCUUAAAUCGUUGAUAAUGACGUUAUCUGUUAAGGCUGCCAGUAGGCGUCAGCAAAACGAGAGCAAUAAACAUGUCGAUGGCCUGCAUCUCAGAAGCCCUGGUCCCUACGCGACCACAAUUACCUCGAUGUGCUCUAGAAAUCCGACAUUAAGAUACGGAGACGCCAAAUGGAUGGGAUCCGACCCAGACUAUGGAGCUUUGACGGUGCUGGAAUUUUAUGAGAAUAAGCGUAUAUCUCGUAUUGAUCUGAAAGGCUCGGAAAUGCUCAAAGACUAUCUUAUUAGUACAUCUGGAGAAAAUCCCCAACGUCGAUUGUUCCUGCUCGAAGGGGUAGCAAGAAACUUUGUCCAAGUAUUUGGCUCUCAUUUCGGCAUGGACCCUGAUUUCUUUGCGAGGCAGAAAAGGACGCGGUCCUGGGAAGUAGCUCACAACGGAGGAAAGACACCAAGCUUACCUUCGUUGAAGAACCCUAAAAGGUCAUUCAUGAUUAAAUACCUCGAGUUGCGCUACUUUCCCCUCGUCCCGGAUGAAACGUCUUGUCAAGAACCAAAACCUUUAAUACCCCAGGUUGAUUAUUCCUACCUAGAGGACGUGACUGGAAAGCGGAAUAUCAAUGUUUCAAGAAAGAAAAGGCCGGUCGACUCCGAGAAGGACAUUAUCGGGGAAUUUGACAAUGUGGGUAAAGUUUCACGAUGCGCAUCCUAUUGGGGAAAAUCGUAUGCAAAUGGUGGUUGGGAUGCCAUUCUCCUGCUCGAUCCUCCACUGAAUGAAAUUGUUAAGAUUGAUCGUAAUGGCCACAAAAUUGACAGAAAGCCACUACACCAUGUCCCGUUUCAAGGUGGUUAUUUAGACUUCAUAGAAUACCCAGAAGAAGGGACAUCCACAGCAGCCAAAUUUUUCAAGAAACACGGUCCGCCACGGACAUCAGUUUUGGAGGAUAUUUGCUUCUACUGGAUGAACCAUGCGGAUGUUGUUUCUGUCGGCUCCGACCCAUCCAUCAGCACGAUAUUUCUGAAGAAAAUAAUCGCAAGCCACUGGAUGCACUACGCAGAAUACGUCACCAACAGUGCACAUAGUUCAAUUUACCACAUGUCCCGCGGUGAAGCAUUUGAAAAAUACACUGUUGCUACAACAGAAAAAUGGUGGACCGAUCUCCACGAUGCUCAUCGCGUGUGCAUGCUGGCCUGCGAAGAUGUUGCGGCUAUUCUGGAAUCGCUUCGCAUUCCCAUGGACCAACCAAUACGAGAAUUUGACCCCGAAAACUACUUAAAUAGCUCGGGAGAUUUCGUCGCAAUAUAUGAGAAGCUGCUUUGGAGGAAAGACCAUCUCGAGCUAUUGAUUAGUUCUGCCACUGGCUUAAAUGCGAUUGCAGGGAAUAAAGAGGCUGCUGUAAAAAACGCAAUUGAUGCAGACCGCUCACAUAAGGAACAAAUAAAAUCCUUAGGGGAGGCCAAGAAGGCUUCCAUACUCACCUUUUUGGCAUUGAUAUUUGUCCCCUUGGCUUACACAGCGAGUUUGUUUAGUAUGGCCGAUGACUGGCAGCCUGGACGGAGCAAGUUCCCGUACUAUUGGGCUAUAAGUCUCCCAUUGGCUGCAAUGGUGGCCGUCACGUUCUAUAUCAUCUCGCUAGGAUCUAGUAGCCCCCCUAAAAAGAUUUUAGACAAGAGGCAGAUCUAUAAUGGAAGUGACAGAAUGGACGUGGAAAGGGGUCAGCCAAAUCUUAGUAGUUAGGUUAGAGUUAACCGUAAGUCAAAUGUGCA